AUGACCAACCCCGACGCCGUCAGAGACAAAUUCUACGAGGACCUGCACGCCCUCUUGGCGACUGUGCCGAUGGCGGACAAGUUGGUUGUCCUUGGCGACUUCAACGCCCGCGUCGGCACAGACCAUACUGCCUGGAGAGGAGUGCUGGGUCCCCACGGUCUCCGCGGCUCAAACGACAAUGGUCUGCUGCUGCUCCGCACCUGCGCAGAACACCGCCUUAUCCUGACAAACACGUUCUUCUGUCUGCCGGAGCGAGAGAAGGCCACCUGGAGGCAUCCUCGGUCGCGUCAGUGGCACCUGCUGGACUAUGUCCUCGUCCGAAGGCGUGACCAGCGGGACGUGCUGGUGACGAAGGCGAUCGCGGGUGCUGAUGGGUGGACCGACCAUCGCCUCGUCAUUUCGAAGAUGCGUAUUCGCCUACAGCCUCGCAGGAGACCUCAAGGUAAGCGACGCCCAGGUAAGCUGAAUGUUGCCUUAUUGUCCUUGCCCGCUCACCAUCUCCAUUUCAGCAAUGAGCUAGCUCAACGGCUAGACAACCUCCCCAUCGCCGAUGCCGCCGCUGCCGAAAACGCCUCCGUGGAGAACCGCUGGUGUCAACUGCGAGACACGGUCCAGGCGACGGCGCUCACCGUCCUCGGUCGCGCUCCCCGCCAACACCAGGACUGGUUCGACGACAACGACGCCGCCAUCAGAAAUCUGCUUGCUGAGAAGAACCGCCUACACAAAGCCUACGUCGAUCACCCCACUGACGACAACAAAGCUGCUUUCUACCGCAGUCGCCGCCACCUCCAGCAGCGACUGCGCGAGAUGCAGGACGCCUGGACUGCUCGCAAAGCUGAGGAGAUCCAAGGCUACGCGGACCGCAACGAAUGGAAGAACUUCUUCUCUGCGAUCAAAGCUGUCUACGGUCCGCCGACAAAGGGCACUGCUCCUCUCCUCAGCGCCGACGGCAGUACUCUCCUGACUGAGAAGACGCAAAUCCUUCAGCGAUGGGCCGAGCAUUUCCGAGGCGUCCUAAACCGCCCUUCCGCCAUCUCCGACGCCGCCAUCGCGCGUUUGCCGCAAGUGGAGACCAACGCGGACCUCGACCUCCCGCCAUCUCUCCAGGAAACCAUCAGGGCCGUGCAGCAGCUCUCCAGCGGGAAAGCACCCGGAUCGGACGCAAACCCUGCUGAGGUCUACAAGCACGGAGGUCCCCAACUGAUGGAUCACCUGACUGCGCUCUUCCAGGAGAUGUGGCGUCAAGGUGAAGUUCCGCAAGAUUUCAAGGACGCAACAAUCGUGCACCAAUACAAGCGAAAAGGGAAUCGCCAAAUCUGCGACAAUCACCGUGGCAUCUCCUUGCUGAACAUCGCCGGGAAGAUCUUCGCUCGCAUCCUUCUCAACCGCCUCAAUAACCACCUGGAACAGGGCCUUCUGCCGGAAAGCCAGUGCGGCUUCCGUCGUCAUCGUGGGACCACGGAUAUGAUCUUCGCCGCCCGCCAACUUCAGGAGAAGUGUCAGGCGAUGCGGACCCACCUGUACUCUACCUUCGUGGACCUGACGAAAGCCUUCGACACGGUGAAUCGUGAAGGACUGUGGAAGAUCAUGCAGAAAUUCGGCUGUCCAGAGCGAUUCACUCAGAUGGUGCGUCAGCUGCACGACGGUAUGAUGGCGCGAGUCACGGACAACGGAGCUGUCUCAGAGGCAUUCGCAGUGACUAACGGAGUGAAACAGGGAUGCGUGCUGGCACCAACCCUCUUCAGUCUUAUGUUCUCUGCCAUGCUGAUGGACGCCUACCGCAACGAACGUCCCGGGAUUCGCAUCGCCUACAGGACGGACGGUCACCUGCUGAAUCAACGGCGGAUGCACUUCCAAUCACGCGUAUCCACAACCACCGUUCACGAACUCCUCUUCGCCGACGACUGCGCCCUGAACACCACCUCAGAAGAGGAGAUGCAACGGAGCAUGGACCUAUUCUCCGCCGCCUGCGAGAACUUCGGUCUUGUCAUUAACACGCAGAAGACGGUGGUGAUGCACCAACCGCCACCCAACUCAGCCACAGCCCCCAACGCGUCGCCGCAAAUCAGCGUGAAUGGGACCCUACUGCAAGUGGUGGAGAACUUCCCGUACCUGGGCAGCACUCUCUCCCGCACCACCAAAAUUGAUGACGAAGUCGCCAACAGGAUCUCGAAAGCCAGUCAAGCCUUCGGUCGUCUCCAAAGCACAGUUUGGAAUCGUCACGGUCUUCAACUGAACACGAAGCUGAAGAUGUACAAGGCCGUUAUCCUGCCGACGCUACUGUACGGAGCGGAGACCUGGACGGUGUACACGAGGCAGGCACGCCGUCUGAACCACUUCCACCUCAGUUGUCUUCGUCGCAUCCUGCGGCUGAACUGUCAGGAUCGCAUCCCCGACACUGAUGUGCUGGAACGAACGGGAAUCCUCAGCAUCUACUCCAUGUUGAGACAAAUGCAGCUGCGCUGGAGCGGCCACCUGGUGCGCAUGGACGACGAGCGGCUACCCAAACGACUCUUCUACGGAGACGUCGCGACGGGUUCUCGUCGUCAAGGAGGCCCAAUUCGUCGAUACAAGGAUACCCUGAAGUCCUCCCUGAAGCUACUGCAAAUCAACCCGACCAACUGGGAAGAGCUCGCCUGCGAUCGUCCGGCAUGGAGGAGAACAGUGAAGAUGGGCGCUGCUAUCCACGAAGCCAACCGCAUCGCCGCCGCCAAAGCGAAACGCGAAGCCCGCAAAUCACAACUGCGCCCAGUCAGCAACGCUGUCGCACAAUUGCUUCCAACGUGUCCUCGAUGUAAGCGGACAUUCCGGGCUCGAAUCGGCCUUGUUGCACAUCUUCGGAUCAACUGUACCUCUCGAACUGCACCAAACUUCAUCCCCCCGCCCGCGUCAUCCUCGUCCUCUCUGCCGCCGAAUAACUCUGACAAUUCUUCUGCACCACCACUUCCAUCCUCCUCCUCCUCCUCCUCCUCCUCCUCCUCCUCCACCACCACCACCACCACUGCCCCAACGGCGGCCGCUCAGGCAGCCGUCUCGCACAUCUCCGACCGCGACACAACAACCGGCACCACCCCCGCCUCUCCUGACUCCAGCAAUGAGAAUCAGGACUACACCUGUCCUCACUGCGACCGCACCUUCACCUCACACAUCGGCCUGGUCAGUUACUUGCGAAUCCAUCGCACAGAGACCGGAGAACCAGUGCCUGGAGCACCAACCUACACCCACCAAGCUCGUCUCAACUGUCCACACUGUCCUCGCACUUUCAGGCACCGCAUCGGCCUAUUCGGCCACAUGCGCAUCCACGACGACCUGCGGUAG